UUAAUCUAUCAAUCAAAUUGGCCACUCUCUUUUCUUAGCUUGUAGCUUACUUGCCAUCUUCAACCUCCAAACCCUCAAAAUUUCGCAACCCCAAGGAGACUAAGAAUCUGUGUUGUUUCAAAGGGAAAGACUUGCUUACUACUCUACUUGUCGAGUUGCUUCCCAUUUCACCUCUUCGCUUUAUAACGCUUGGGAUUGUUUCGAUUUUUCAAGCCUUAUCGUGGAGUUACGCGUUUCUCCAUCUAUUUUCCUUUCUGGUCGAAGAAGGCAUGGUGAUGGAUAUUCGGUUUAAUUCGUGACAUCAAAAUGUUUCCGAUAAGGGAUUUUUGGAAAAGGCAUAAGAGGAAGAUUUUAAUUACAGUGGGAGUUUUAGGAAGCGGAUAUUUUCUUUAUCGACAAUAUGAUUAUUACAGUCGAAGGCUUCAUGAUAUCCAGAGAGAACUGGCUAAUGAACGUGAAGCAGAUGAGCUCAUUAAAGCUCAAAUACAAGCUCAUUUUGAAAACAUUCAAAGAAUAGCUGAUACGACGACUCUGCCCCAUGCUAUACAACAUUUACACAGUCGGAUAGAGGAAGAUUUGGAUCUUUCACACCUGACAGAGAGAUUAAUGAUGGGGAAGGGUCAGCCAAACACUUUGACAUUAGCAGAGAAACUUGAUUUAUGGGAAAACCUCAAAAUACUAAGCUUCACAAAAAUGGUGAUAUCACUCUGGGCAAUAACUCUGUUAAGCUUAUACAUUAGAGUUCAAGUCAACAUCUUAGGAAGACAUAUGUACAUUGAUACUGCCCGUGGUCUUGGUAGCUCCCAUUUGCUUGAGGAGGCUGAUCUUAUCGAUAGGGAUGAUCAACAGAAAUUUCUGUCCAUCUCUGAUUUUCUCUGUAAUUAUGGUCUGAAUGCUUUGAUUCCUAAAUUGCAGGUAGCAGUAGGAGAAGUUCUCAAGAGAAAACAAUUGCGAGAUGUCUUUAAUACAACUAUAUUUCGCGAAACUACUAUACAAAUAAUUAAAAUCUUCAUGAGCACGGGAAGUCCCCAUCAUUGGUUGGACUACUUGAUGCCCGGCGACAAUCAGUCUGUAACCACCGAUAAUGAUGCAGCUGCCCCAAAUUUCAAUAAGUUUGACCAACUUAUGAUGGAAACUAGAGCAGUGCUGCUAAGUGCUGAGUUUGGGAACAUCGUCGAGAAAUCAUUAGAAGUAGGAGUUGAUGGGUUGAUGGAAGAAAUGGAGGCUUCACUUGCUGGAGGCAGCAGCAGAACAUCAGGAAUACCACUGGCCAGACUUGUGCCUAGAGUUGCCCAGAUGGGGCUAUUGCUCCUUGAAGAUCCAAUAAAAAGUAGAUUCAUCCAAAUGAUAAGAGGUAUACCAGAAGUGGAAAUCUUCUUUACUCUCCUUUAUGCAAAUAUGCCUGCCUCUUAGAAAGAGACAUCAUGGCAUUGGCUUGCUUGCACAUUCUUGCCAUUUCAUUAGGUUCUUGUUUUUGUUGUGGGGUUACUCAUCCUUGUAAAAAAGUUUCUGGUUUGGCUUGGAUCCUUGAAGUUUCACAAUUUGAAAGGAGCACUUGGGGUAAGAUAGUGACAAUUUAUUUGAUAAUAAUUCGAAAAUUCUUUCCAUUUCACGUUUCUUGGUUC